GUGUGAGGCGGUCUCUCUGUCUCUCUCUUUUCUUUCUUUCUCUCUCUCUCUCUCUCUCAGUCUGGACUCUGAGGGAUCAGGAUUUUCUCAGCAGAAGGACACAGACCUCAGAGCCACGGGUUGGAUUAUUCCUGAAUCCGCUGUGAAGUUUCAUUUAUAGCUCAACCACAAUGGAUCUCACACGGAGAAAUGGAGCGCAACGUUUGUAGUUUAUUCUAAAAAAGGACUCAUACUCGUUUUUUUCUUCUGUGCUUUGAUGGUGAAUCGGUCUACCAGGAUGAACUUGCAGUGGAUCCCGGCUCCCUGCGUCCGCACCGGCAGAGUCGCGCACAAGCGGCUGGACUCGGACGACCAGCCGCCGGCCAAAUGCGCCAGGCUGAGCUCCUCCGAGGCGGGGGACACGCAGGGGCUCCUCGGCACCUCUCCCGGUCCCCCGGUCAGCCCCGUCCCCGGCUCUAUCCCGGCGACCCACCAGGGGCCAUCCAGGAUAGGAGCGUUUCUGCUUCUACCUCUGACGGACCGGGACAGCGUGCACAGCGCGAUGAACACCGACACCGGCGACGAGCAGCUGUGCAAGGUCUUUGAUAUGGGGGUGUACCAGGAAAAGAUCAGAGCCUAUGGGAUCCUACCAGCCCACAAGAAUGUGGCAGGAGUCAGGGACAUCAUCCUUGGCGAACGCAAAGCCUACGUGUUCCUGGACAAGGACUUUGGGGACAUGCACACCCUGGUGAAGAGCUGUCGCAGGCUGGAUGAGGAGCACGCCUGCAGGCUCUUCCGUCAGGUGGCUCAGGCCGUGGCCCACUGCCACCAGGCGGGCAUCGUGCUGGGUGACCUCAAACUGCGAAAGUUUGUCUUCGCGGACGAGAAAAGGACACAGGUGAGACUAGAAAGCCUCGAGGACUGUCGCGUCCUAGAAGACCCAAGCAACGACUCCAUGUCGGACACCCACGGCUGCCCCGCCUACGUCAGCCCAGAGAUCCUCAAUGGCUCCGCGCCUUACUCUGGCAAGAUGGCCGACAUGUGGAGCCUGGGGGUCAUGCUGUACACCAUGCUGGUUGGCCGCUACCCGUUCCACGACCCGGACCCGGCCACGCUGUUUUCCAAAAUCCGCCGAGGCCAGUGCUGUUUGCCAGAGGGCUUGUCGCCCAGGGCCAAGUGUCUGCUCCAGAGCCUACUGAGGAAAGAACCCUGGGAGAGACUCACAGCGAAUGAGCUGCUCGCUCACCCGUGGUUCCACCAGCCGCCGUCGUCGCAGGAAGUGGCACUGGGUGAACAGGAAGUGAGCUCGGCAGAACAGAUGGUGCCAUCCUUUGACGUGGAAGAGGAUGAUAAUCUGUUCUGCUGACAAGACACGGUUCAGCUGAGGCUGGCUGAGGGACCAAAACAGGAAUUGCUAUGAGGGAUCCAUUGUUGUGUGUUUUUUACAAAGGCACAUUUUCGAUUUGAGUGUAAAUACACCCUCAAGCUUUCUACAAGAACUCACUGUACUGUAUUUUGUUGUCGUAUGUGUGUUACUUGCUAAGGGCAUUGCUCACAAUGAUCACUCAUUGUGUUUCUUUUAUGUAUGUUUUCAAAAUUAUUUGGUGCUAAAAGAAAUAACAAGGACUUGAAUUUGCCAGAUUACGUUAAACAAAAAAAGAAAUCUCUGCAGGCUCCUAUGAGCUUAUCACAGAGAAUUAACCCAUGGCCAACAUCAGUCACCAAUGCUUGCUCUCAGCCUGGACUCACAAGGCUUCACAAAGCAUAAGAUGAAUCCUGAAUGGGAGGCGAGGAGACGUGACGCUGUUCCUCUCACUCCCAGUCUCUGACCAGGCUGGAGGCUCCGCCGGCUGACUCAUCGACCGGCUCGAGGAUGGCCUAGCACAAGCUUGACGUCUCGCAGCAGGCGGUGUCAUAGAGUGAGAAAGACGCUUAGCAGAGGACUGAUGUGUCACACUCAGCGGGGGACGCUACGAAGGUGUCGCACUGCCAAUCUGGCAUCGUCUCAGUAGAGAGAGCUUUUACAAAUCUCACACCAUCCGCAGAAGGUUGAGAAAGGCAGGAUGUUACUAGUGUAAAACUCACUGAAAAGUCACACACACACACACACUCACACUCAAUAAUAAGCAGUGUCACUGGGCUACACAAGUCCUUGUUAAUGGCUUAAAAGGAAGGAUGACAUUUUUAACAGUUAAAACUAAACCAUUAAACUUUUCAAAAACAUGCUCAUAUCUUAAUAUCUCAUCUAAAAGGUCGCAUCAGAACAGGAAUUGUCCAUUAAAUGUGACUGUGAACAAUCUGUUCAGCUCUUCUGAAACGCUGCAUGUGCAGUUAGCCAAAGCUAAACCUAACACUUCUUAAAAUAAAAUCAGACUUGGUCACAUGCCUUUGCAGCAGCAGAGAUGGUUAGAUAAAUCUUAAGCCUAAAUGCAUGCUGCAUCUCAGUGGAAAAAGUAAAACUAAACAGACAAAUCAAAUGGUACUAAAAUAUCUUUCAAUCUAACAAUGUUGUAUAUUUUUCUUUUUUUUUAAAGAAAUGUGUCAAAUAUCCAUUUAAGGAACCAUCGAGGCAGAAAGAAACCCACUUCAGAAAAAUGAAGACUUUCUCAGUUGAGCAGUUGAACGUGUUUUGUUCAUAUCUGUUGGAACAUUAUGUCAAACUGUGUCGCUUUAACAAAGCUGAGCUGUGAGUUGUGCCCCUAUCACUGUGUUUCAUAAACUGAAUGGCCCUGAAUCAGUCGCAGUCAGGCCAUGUUUGAUGUUGGUUGUCUGUUGAUGACUCAACACUUGAGCGUGUCUGUAGGAAAUGGUCCUGACCUUGGCUGGAAGAAUCUGUUCUGACUGUUUCGCCUCUUUUAUGGUACUUUUUUUCCCCUUCCCUUUUUAAUUUGAUUUUCUUUUGCCGUUGAAAGCUGUGGAUCCAAGGAGACUAGUCAUCAUAGUUAGAGACAUGAUGCACCACGUUUUGAAAUAUGUUUUAUCUUGGAUUCCGACAGGCAGAUGCAGAGCUUCUGUGACGUCUAUCCUUGCAGGCUAGAUAUGCAGCCAGCUAUUUCAUUCUGGCACAAUCAUUGUGAAGACGGUACUAAAUCUGGCAUAUCUGAGAAGCGCUGUGCAUUACAUUUGUGGGUCAACCAGAAGGUUAAUAAAACUUCUGCUGCAGUUCUUUAAUUAUUGUUCGCUCAUCUGCUAGAGAUUCCAGAUGGGAACGGAUUUGUGACAAUCUGAAUAGUUCCUUACAGAAAAGUUAUUUCAGAGAUUUUAGAUUUUGUUCUUGGUUCGUACAAGCAGAGUCACACAUUCAUGUGACACGUAGAGUAAACUGACACGGGUGCACAAACUUCAUAUUGCACUGUGAAUUAUGUAUUUGUGACACAACCUAGAGGCUAUUACUGGUCCAGACAGGUUACAUGCGAGAUAUAUUCAUUGUACAAAAGGUGUAAAUAUGUAUAUUAGAAAUAUGUGUGGAGAUGUUAAAU